GUGCGUCUUCUUGUAAUGCUAAACUGAAACCCCACGGAACUGUCAGUGCGAAACAAGAACGUUGUAGUUUGUAAAGAGAUGACUUCGCGAAGACAUUGUGUUGCGAUGUAACUGCCAAAUAUUGCACUCCGGUGACGUUAGACUCUCAGAGGAUUUUUUUCAGUAGUUUCCGUACAAGAAUCCCGUACCAAAGAGAAGCAAUGGCGAUGCUGGGCAGCGUUGCACCACAAAGUGCAAGAAAUGUUACAAGUGGUGACAAGGACAUGACAGAAUUCAUCUGUCCGGUGUGUCUUGAGAUUUUCGACAGUCCUGUGAAAACUCAGUGCGGACACAGAUUCUGUGACAGCUGCCUGAGGGAGUGCUUGCGACCCCAGAAACCUGUGUGUGCUGUAUGCAGGACAGCUCUGGUGCAUUGGGAAAGUGAUGCCCAUAUGCAGGCCUUGAUCCAAACUUCAAUAGGUGCAUGCAAGGGCUGUGGAGAAGAGGUGUCCUUGUCUGCCAUGAGAAAACACACAGCAAACUGCCUUAAGUACCAAGAGUAUAUUCAGGAAGGAGUAAAGAACAGUGCACAGACUCAGUCUGCCAUGGUCAGUCCGGCGCCGAACCGCUUUACUUUCUCCUGUCCUUACUGUAACUGCCCAAAUCUGGACCAGGACGGCCUCGUGGAGCACUGCACAUCCAGACAUGUGCGAGACCCGCGUCAAGUGGUGUGUCCUAUCUGUGCCUCCAUGCCCUGGGGUGACCCUAACUACAGAAGUGCGGAUUUCCUUCAGCAUCUCAAGAUGCGUCACACCUUCUCAUAUGACACAUUUGUGGAUUACUCCACAGACGAACAGGCAAUGAUCCAGGAGGCCCUUCAGCGUUCGCUCAUGGAUAAGUAAGGUGGUCACAGACAGAAAGGGUCAGGGAAGAUGGGAACCGGGCAGGGUCAAUGCCAAACAUUACCAAAACACACUCGAACACACACUGUUUCGUAUUUUUCACUCCGAGUUUUGGGGGAAACAAACAAAAUAAAACAAAACAAAACAAAAAAACUAACAAAAAAAGUUUCUUUGGCAGAAUCCCUUCAGUUUGAAUCGGUCAGUAAAUAAACUGCACCGUAUGAAAAAAAAAAAAAUCGAAAAAAAAAAAAAAAUCAGCCGAAUAUAAUCCUCAUAUAAGUAAAUGAAUGGUUAAGCAUUAAUCAAAGAACGCUGGUGUUGUAAAUGGGCUAACCUUGACUGAAGCUGGUCUGUCCUGUCAUUUGGCACAGUAAUGUUGUGUUUCUUAGCUUUUGCCACUUCAUGGGAUAAUAAGUUCUUGGUGUAAAAUAAAUGGUGAUGAGGAGACAUAUUUAACUUUGUAUGACCCUACAUAUUUCAUAUUUCAUUGCAAAGACUGAGCCGAAUGCUGUCAUUAGGGGGCGAUCUUUGCUAAAUGUUUGUCCCCCCCCCCGCCCCCUCAGGUUUUCUUACAGUUCAGUGAAUUGAAAGUGAGAAAAACUCCCUCAAUUAGUUGCUCGUGUGUGCUGGCAGAAUACCUUUAGAGAUGGUACUGACUACUAAUCUUUUUGGAGCAGAAACUUCCAGAAUUUGGUGGCUCUGUGUAAAAUCACUUUGUGAGUGCGUUGGUUUUU